AUGGAUCACUCGGUGGAAGGGAAUCACACCGUGGUGACUAAGUUUAUCUUAUUGGGAUUCACUGACAACCUGAAGUUACAGGUCCUUCUCUUCACAGUGUUUCUACUUAUCUAUCUGUUGACCCUAGUGGGAAAUCUGGGGCUGAUCGUGCUCAUCCAAAUCAACUCCAAGCUCCACACCCCCAUGUACUUCUUCAUCAGCAACCUUUCUUUCUUAGAUGUCAGCUACUCCACCAUCAUUAUACCCAGCACACUCAUGACCCUUGUGGCUGAGACAAAAGUCAUGUCAUACACAACAUGCACAGCUCAGCUCUUCCUGUUCUGCAUCGCAGUGACAGGUGAGUGCUACCUCCUGGCGGUGAUGGCAUAUGACCGAUUUAUAGCCAUCUGCAACCCCUUGCUCUACCCUGUCAUUAUGUCUAGGAGGUUCUGUAUCGUCCUUGUGUGUGGGUCCUACUUCAUGAGUUGUGUGAAUGCAACCAUUCAGACUUUAUUUAUAUUCCACCUGUCCUUCUGCAAUUCCACCAUCGAUCAUUUCUUCUGUGAUGUGCCCCCCAUCCUGAAGCUCUCCUGCUCUGAUACUUACAUCACUGACCUGGUCCAUUUCACCUGUGCUACUGUGCUUAUCAUCUCAACGAUCCUCCUUAUUCUCAUCUCCUAUAUCUGCAUUGGGGUUACAAUCUACAAGUUGAAAUCUGCCAAAGGCAGAUGCAAAGCCUUCUCCACAUGUGCUUCCCAUCUGACUGUUGUUGCCAUCUUCUAUGGGACAGGCUCCUUCAUGUACUUACGACCCAGUUCAAAAUACUCUAUGGAGUAUGACAAGAUCAUCUCUGUGUUUUAUACACUGGCAAUACCCAUGCUGAACCCUAUAAUUUACAGCUUGAGGAACAAGGAGGUCAAAGAAGCCCUUCGAAGGACAGUAACAAGUCUGUAUUGCUCUCUGUGAGUACUACAGAGAUUCAGGAGUCCAAGCGGGAGUG